GCGGCCGGGCGGGGAGAGCGAGGCCUGUCUACUUGGGGCGCUCCUACAAACUCCCCUGUCGGCCUACGUCAGGACUCACGUCGCCCGCCGUACGGGGUGCCCCUGCAGAGUUCCCCUCCCCCCUGCCGCGUUCUGCCCUAGCCGCGCCGGCUACGUCAGAGUCCACGUGACCUGGCCCAGCUCCCCCGCCCACGGGUUCCCCUCCCUCCCCCCGCAGCUGCUGGGAGAGCUGGUGCUGGGGGGCUGUGGCUUUAUUUUGGUUUUACAUUUAAUUUCUGGGUUAUUAACACUUGUCAUUUAUUGUAUCCAGCAUAUACUUCAUCAUAUACCCACCCACCCCCAGUUGCCUUCUUUUUUGGAACUGGAAAUAUGGUAACUAGGGUUGCCAACUCUGACUGAAACUAUUCUGGGAGAUUUUUUUCUUCCCAACCUGAUGUAAUGUUAUUAAUUGAUUUAAUUUUCUUUAAAUCUCCUAUUUAAAAUCCCCUGAAUUUCAUUCAGUAGUCCCUGGGAGAUCAGUGCUGAUUCCAGUAGACUCCCAGCCAAUCCGGCAGGGUUGGCAACCCUAAUGGUAGCCCUACCUGAUUGCUAAGCCUAAACCAUCACCAGCCCCAAGGGAUACUAGACCUCAGGAAAAAAAACUGUUAGUGAACGAUGAUUUAAUGCAGACUGAUUUUGAAGGUAUCCAGGUUGUAGCUGUAUUGAUCUGGAGGCAAAAGGAAUCAAAACUCAUGGAAGAGUGUUGCUCCCUGGAGAGCAGUGGUGGGUCUGGAAGUUCAUGCACAGAUCAAUUCCAACUCCAAGAUUUUCUCUGGCUCCCAAGUGCAGUUUACAGCACCCCCUAACUCUUUGGUAUCUUUUUUUGAUGCUUCUCUACCAGGAACCUUACCAAUUUGUAGCUACUGCCAGUCUGGUGAUGGAUAUGAGUUCCUGCACAAGAGAAGAGAGAUAAUGCCUGCUGAAGGUUCUCAACAGGAGAUGUGUAGAAGCAGCCGUGAUGACAGGCCUGGCACUCAGCUGCAGCAUAAACAAGAAGUCCUUGUUUGACAGGAAACACUAUUUCUAUGCAGAUCUGCCUGCUGGCUACCAAAUUACUCAACAAAGACUUCCUAUUGCUGUGAAUGGGAAUCUGUCAUACACCCUCUAUGUAGGGGCAAAACAAAGCCAGAUGGUAACAAAGAAUGUGAGGAUCAAGCAGAUUCAGUUGGAACAAGACAGUGGGAAGAGCCUUCACAAUGAUGCAAGGAGCCAGACUUUCAUUGACUUGAACAGGGCUGGAGUUGGCCUCAUGGAAGUUGUCAUGGAGCCUGAUAUGUGCUGUGGGGAAGAGGCAGCUGCAGCAGUCAGAGAGCUUCAGCUUAUUCUUCAAACACUUGGGAGCAGCCAGGCAAUCAUGGCAGAGGGUCAACUAAGAGUAGAUGCCAAUGUAUCUGUGCGUCAUCCAGGAGAGCCUUAUGGAGUGAGGACUGAAGUGAAGAAUAUCAAUAGUUUACGAUUCCUGGCAAGAGCAGUAGACUACGAAAUACAGAGACAAAUUGAAGAGCUUGAAAAUGGAGGAACAAUUCUGAAUGAAACAAGAGCAUUUGAUUAUAAACUUGGGUGCACGAUACCAAUGAGAGACAAAGAAGGAAAACAGGAUUAUCGGUUCAUGCCAGAGCCAAACCUUCCUCCAUUGAUUUUGUAUGAUGCUAAAUCUUUGCCUGCUAAUAUAGACGAUCAGCAAGUGGUAAAUAUCGAUUGGAUUCAAGAGAGGCUUCCUGACCUCCCCAGUGUGAAGAGAGCGAGGCUUGUUGAACAGUAUGGAAUUCUGCCUGAACACAGUUUCACCUUAUUGAAUGAAGAUGGAUUAAUGGAGCUCUUUGAAGAUGUGGUGAGAAAAACCCAGAUGAAUCCAAAGAAAGUGAUUGGAUGGGUUAUAAGUGAGCUGCUUGGUCAUUUAAAACAAUACGACCUUACAGUCAAGGAGAGUCCAGUCAAUUCUGUCUCUUUGGCUGACCUUCUGAAUCUCCUAGAGAGAGGAGUCAUUUCUUCUUCAGCAGCCAAACAGGUGCUUGAGGAAUUAUGGAAGGGGGAGGGGAAGACCCCACUUCAGAUUGUCAAGGAAAAACGACUAGAAUUAAUACAGAAUCAGAGAGAGCUUGACCAGAUCUGUCAAGCAGUCAUGGAAGGACAUCAGGAAGAGGUUAUGGAGAUAAAGGCAGGAAACAAAAAAGUUCUGAAUAAACUGAUAGGCCUGGUUCAAAGAGCAACACAAAGGCGAGCUGAUCCCAUUCUGGUGAAGCAAAUAUUGGAGAAGAAGCUGUCACAGUAACCUUUAAGAAAACCUGCACAGAUGCCUACAGCCAAAGAAGACUUGACAGUGUUGGCUUGAUUCUCUACAGCUCCAUUCUAAGCCACAUCUUGCACAACUGCCUGAAGCUUCCUUAUGCAACAGGACAUGUUUUUCCCCCCUUUUUAUAACUCAGGUUGGUUAUUGUGAGGCAGUGUGUUACAUUAUGGUCUCCUUCAGAUGUUUCAGCCAAUAUCAGUUGUGGAAACCAGCGUUCCUUGCAACGUAAUAGCAGAAGCUUUAAGCAUUCAUAUCUCCGCUAUUUAAUCUUUAAUUCAAAUGUGAUUGGAACAUGGCCAGCCCUAGUACAAAUUUGUAAAUAUACAGUGUUCUUCUCUGAACACCUUACACAUUGUAUCAGUAUAUUUUGUAAUAAAGUAAU